UUUGGAAGUCUUAUAUUCUUCUCUAAAUCAAACCCCCCAUUUUCAUUUCUUGCUAAACAAUACUCCAUUUUCCUUUUUAUUUAUUUUUUCAAUGUGUUUCUUUGUAGAUGAUCCAGGGCUAAUUUUAAGCCAUGUCCUUUACAAAACAGCUGUUUUUUUAGCAGUUUUAAGAUGGGUUCUGUCUUGGCUUCUUAAUCUUAGAUUCAAAGACAUAAACUCUUUCUUCUUCACUCCUAAUUUUUCAUCAAAUUCUCAUCAAAUUUCUUCAGAUAUGAUCAGAGACAACUUGGUUUUAACAACCUAUGGGGAUGCUAAACAAAGGAUGCCUUGGGUUUCUGACACGUGUGCUGUUUGCUUGUGUGAACUCAAAGAAGGUGAUGAUGUAAGGGAAUUGAGGAACUGUUGCCACGUGUUCCAUCAAGAUUGCAUUGAUAGAUGGGUAGGCUAUGAUCAUGAUCAUGAUCAUGAUGAUGGAGAUGAUAAUCAUAAGACUUGUCCAGUUUGUAGGGCACCUUUGCUUACUUGUUCUCAAAGCUUUGGUUGGCCUACUAAUGAACCAAGUUGGGCGGUUGAUAGGUUACUUUACCUAUUUGGUGAUGAUCUUCUUCCUUAGAACCACAUAUAUUUAAUUAUCUAGUUUUUUUAAUAUUUUAUUUUUAGAUUGUCAACAGAUUAGGUAAACUAGAUUGUAUUACAUUUUAAAUGAUUUUUAUUUUAUUUUUAAUGAGUCCUCACUAAUAAUGAUGUAUGUAUUUAUACUCAAUAUAUUAUUAUUUUUUAAAAUCAUAUAUUAAUUAUUGAAUUGUGAUGGAGAUAGAGUUUGGAGCAAUGUUUAUUAUAUAUUUUUGCAGGGUAUGGUGAAAAAUCAAAUUACAAUUGUAUAUAUAUAUUUUCUUUUCUUUUCUUUUUUCAUAAAUUGUUUAUUUCUUUUGGAUUGUAAAUAAACUACAAAGGUUCCCCUCCCAAUUUGGUGUAUUUUGAUGGUAAAUGUAUAAUAUGGAUUUAUUUGUAGUAAGAA